CUUUCCUCUUCGGGGUGUAGCUCCAUUUUGGCAUCAAACAGACGGCUGCUAAGGGGAAGAAAUUUUCUCAUGAAAGCUGAAGCGUUCGCUGGAAAUAGAUCCAUAAGAACGGUAUCUGAAAUUUGUGGCACUGGUAAAUGGGAUGCAGGAUGUCUAAAAGGACGGGCAGGAAAAGGAACAACACUAAACACAAGAAAGAAGAAUCGGUCACAGUUCUGAAUGAAUUUGAAGACAUGGUGGAUCUUGGCAAGUUUGAAGAAAUGAAGCGACCUCAACUUCAGGCGUUAUGCAAACGAUAUGGACUUAAAGCUUCAGGAAAGAAUACCGAACUUGUCAAGAGACUUCAAGAACAUGUUAGGAACAACAGCAACAACAACAACAAUAACAAUGUAAACAACAGCAACAACAAUGCAGAAGACCCAGCAUUGUCUUCGAGUUCUCACCAAGAAAUAGAAGAACCAAAAAAGCUAGGCAAUGUUACCUUUGAGAAAGCUGAUAGUCAUGUACAAGAAGUGACUGAACCCAAAAAACUGAGCAAUGUUACUUUUGAAAAAGCUCAUAGUCAAAUACCCACAGAUGAACAUGUCCACGUAAGCAGUAGUGACAGCAGUAGCUCUGACUCUCCAAGUAGUCGUGUAGACCUACAGGCAAUUGACAUAAAUGGGUGUGUUGGUCCAGACAGCACAGAAGAUCCAAAUUAUCAACUAAGUGAAGAGGAAACAAAAUCUAAACCUGAUUUGACUUCAAGCAGAAUUUUGAAAGAACUGAACUACAAGGAAUCGCCUUCUGCAGGUCAAAACAACGACCCAAAGAAAGCUAAAAUAGAUACUUGUACCAAUUGGUGUGUUGUUGAAGGUCUUUUGAAACAGGAAAACAAAUCAAUGUGGAAGAAGAUAUAUCUUUCUGGAGGGAAGGCUAUGAUUUCCAACAGUUUUGGUAAAAGAGUUCCUUUUGUUUUGGAGCCAUGUGGAUUGAUGACGCCCAAAGACUAUGAUGACAACUAUAUCUGCAGAAGCUGUGUCAGGGAUAAUGAAGUAGUGUUGCGAUGCAAAGGUGGUUCAAGAGUUGUACAUUCUUCUGCCAUGCCACAAGAACCUGAUAACAGUGAACCCACUACCAAAUGCAGCACACCCCUAUCAUCUAGUCACAGUCUGCUGACAAGCUUUUCAAGAUCAGGUUCAGUCAAGCGCAAGAGGAGUGAAGAUGCCAACGGUUCUGUAGUGAACUCAUCAACUGACUCUGACCAAAUGGAGAAGAAGCGAAGGAAAGAUGCCAUUGUCAGAUCUGGUAGCAGCACCCCAGCAAGCCCUCAAGUGCGCAGAGCCAGGGGAGAACAGCUAGUGUUACCCAGAAACCUCAUACGACCAUGGCAACCAAAGAAAACAACAAAGACAUCACAAAGUGUUAUUAGAGAAGACACAGAAUUUGCAAAGAGAGUUGAGGAGAUUAUCAAAAAUACACAGCCAGGCUCAGACGAAGAAAUGUCUAUGAUAAUGUUUUCUAAAUCUAGCAGAAUUCAACGUUCACCCACUAAGACUACAGAGUAAUGUUCUUCUUAUGUCAGUGAGAUAAAACCAAAGUUGUAAUUUGAAGGUGGUGGCAGCCAACACUUUUGAUUAAUAUUGUUUGUAGCUAAGACUGAAACAUACACCAAGCGGUGAAGGUUCAUAGCCUUUGCAUCCAGUUUGGCACAGAAUUUCUCAUUCCAUUUCCUUGUAAUGAGUCUUUUUACUACUCUCUGUUUAGCCAGCAGGUAGACACUUUAGGGUUUGCUGUAAGGUCAGUUUAAAAGCCCCGAAUCUGUUUAUUUUUGUACCUCUCAUCCAAGAUAAGCUUAGUCAUUUAACACGACUGCUAAAGGUAGGCCUUUUUAACUAAAUAAAGUACAUUUUGAGAGGUGAAUUCUCACAAU